AAGUCUUGUGAUACUUGGAACAGACUUAUGGGAAUAGCGCCUGCAUGUGUUGUUUACUUUGCCCACCCCACUUAUAAAAAAAAAACAUGUCAAAAUGCAGAUAACAAUGCAAAUGGAUUAGUUUUGCUCUCACAUUAAUCAUUUAUAUCAUUUGCUAUUCAGUCACUUACCAUGCGUCAUUCCUGUUUUUUUUCAUCACGGGGUGAAAAUCACUUCAGCAUUGUCCAAAAGAAAUAUAUUGCGGUAUGUAAUAAUACACGAUACUAACGGAAAUUCAGCUUUUACAAGGCUAAUGUUUUAACAUCUUCAACUUGACUUUUCACAAGGAAAGUUUCCACCCAGGUGAUCCCACAGCCUCCUCCCCCAGGGGGAGCAAGCACCAGUCCAGCUCCAUGGUGAUGUGUUACUCAGCGGCUUUGGUCACGCCCCCCCCCCCCCCUCCCUUUUUAGUGCUGAACUACUUACAAAUAAACCAGCUGCUUUAAAAUAGCCGAUGGAAAGCAUCUAAAGCUCUUUCUUAAAACGGACAAGCAUUUUGCUUCAUCUUCUCCCACGGUUUCCAUCACUGAAGUCAAGGAAGAAACUCCCUGAGCUCAGAGCACUCCCUUGGAUUUUUUUUUUUCUUCUUUCUCAGAGGUUAAACACAACCGCUAACCAAAAUGGGAUGCUUCGGGUUCCUCAAAUUUAUGAUGUUUGUUUUCAACGGGAUUAUCUUUUUGGCCGGCGCAGUCAUCCUGGGUAUUGGCAUCUGGGUGAAGGUGGACAGCGGUUCCAUCCUGAGCUUCCUGGGGAAGAUUGAAAACGCUCCCACAGAGCUCAGCCAGGUUCUCAACGUGGGCUACCUGCUGAUUGCUGUCGGAAUACUUCUGGUCAUCAUUGGUUUCCUCGGCUGCUUUGGGGCCAUCAAAGAGUCCAAGUGCAUGCUGUUGACGUUCUUCAUCAUCAUCCUGCUCGUCUUCCUCGUCGAGGUUGCAGGAGCUGUGGUGAUUUUGGUCUUUAGACCUUUGGCCGAAGAUGUAUUCCAAAGGUUCGGCACGGCGGCAGUAGCGAGCAUCAAGAAGGACUAUGGGACCGAUUCUGACGUCACUGGACUGUGGGAUACCACAAUGAGCACAUUAAAAUGUUGCGGGAUCUACAACUCCUCAGACUUCAUUGACUCCCCGUAUUAUGUGGAGAACAGCAAUCAGUACCCGCCUCCGUGCUGUCCACGUGCUGAGCCCUGUGAUCAAAUAGCGAUAGACAUUUCCACGGCAAUUCCAGGUUGCUUUGUGAAGUUCACGCAACUGAUUGAUGACAACACAGUCGUGAUUGUUGGCGUGGCGCUGGGAAUUGCAGCACUUGAGUUAUGUGCCAUGACUGUUUCCAUGAUCCUUUACUGCAAGAUCAAGUCAAGGUUAGCCUGACAACAAAAGUCGACUACUUCAGAAGGAUCCUUUUAAUCCCUUGGACAAGUUCUACUUACAUAUUGACUGAUGAAAGAAUACUACUUAUAUGUGCACAGAAAUGUCUAAGCUGCUCAAUCAAAUGAUACAGGAUGACUAAUCGAGUUAGGAGAAAUAAGUGAUAUGACUGAAUAAGUUAUUUUUUAAUGUGAGAGCUUUCUUAACAGCCUUUGACACAUAUGAACAAGAAAUUAAGUGAUGAUUGAUAUUAUUGUGAUAAUGAAAUAACAAUUUAUGUUCGAGAUUGAGGUAUAUGGCAAUAAAGAUAUAAGUUUA